CCAGAUAUUAGCAGCAUUCUACGUCAGAUGUCAGUGUAUGUUAGGUUAGAUUAGAUCUACAUAGUCCGAUAUGUUACAUCAAAACAAGUUACAUAUAUGUGCCUCAACGCACGUAUGUACGUACAUAUAGCAUUUUUAUCAUUAAUAUUUCAUAGUGAAUUCGACUCUAUUAACAGCAAUAAAUAGAACGUUAUAGCAACACAUUUCUGAAGUUAAACAUCAAAGCAAAAAUGCGCGCGAUAACGGAAUUGCUUCUGAAACGUACAAUAUCGCAGUUACCGUCGAGAGUUUGCAGCUGCGUCAGGAAGUACUCAACGGAGCGCAAUGAUUUCGUAAAAGUGGUCGAGGUUGGACCACGUGACGGUUUGCAGAACGAGAAAAACAUACUGCCCACUGAGGUGAAGAUUGACUUCAUCAACAGGUUGUCGACCACUGGACUGAGGAGCAUCGAAGUAACGAGCUUCGUAUCACCCAAAUGGAUUCCUCAGAUGGCGGAUAAUACGCAGGUGUAUCAGCAGAUUGAGAAGAAGAGCGGCGUGUAUUAUCCAGUUUUGGUGCCAAACUUGAGGGGUCUGGAAAACGCUAUCAAAGUUAACGCGAAAGAGAUCGCUGUGUUCACUGCCGCGUCGGAGGCCUUCUCCAAAGCAAACACCAACUGCACCAUUAAAGAAAACAUACAGAAUGCCACGGUUGUCAUAGAGGAAGCAAAGAAGCAUGACAUAAGGAUUAGAGGCUAUGUAUCUUGCAUCGCUGGUUGUCCCUAUGAAGGCAACACUAAGCCACAAAUCACAGCUUACUUAGCUUCCACAUUAUUAGAUCUUGGGUGUUAUGAAGUCUCCUUGGGUGAUACUAUAGGUACAGGAACACCUGGUAAAAUUGAACAUGUUUUAAAUGAGUUACUUCACAUAUCAUCAUAUGACAUGAGUCAUUAUGCUCUACACUGCCAUGAUACAUACGGACAGGCUCUAGCAAAUAUUUACAUGGGUCUUGAGAAAGGUAUAAGAGUCUUUGAUUCUUCGGUAGCUGGAUUAGGUGGAUGUCCAUAUGCUGCUGGUGCCUCAGGUAACGUUGCUACAGAAGAUUUGCUGUAUCUCUUGAAUGGGCAAGGUUUAGAGACUGGUGUAGAUUUAAAUGAAAUAGUAAAGAUUGGUGAUUAUAUCAGUAAAUAUCUUGGUAGAGUAAACCAGUCUAAAGCUGGAGUAGCUAUAGUCACCAAACAGCAGCAUCUAAAAUGCUAGUUGUACAAUAUUUAAGUCUGACAUAUCAAAGAUACAAUUUUAUGAACUUAAUAUUUUAAAUAACCAUCAGUGUAAACUGUAAACUGAUACUACUAGUUUUGUUGGUUAUAUAUUAUAUGUUAUAUAUUAUAGGUU